ACCCUCAUUGAGGUGCUGGUCCACAAACGCUCGGCCGUGACUCGGGCUCCCCAGUGGGCCGCGGAGCAGUGGCUGAUGGUUAUCUGCUUAGGGUCGGAAUUCUGCUUCCGCAACUUCACCAGCCCGUCCGGCAUGAUCGAGUCCCCGGGCUUCCCGGAUAAAUACCCGCACAAUCUGGAGUGCUCAUACAUGAUCAUGGCCCCGCCCCACAUGGACAUCACCCUGACCUUCCUCACGUUCGACCUGGAGAACGACCCCCUCAUGGUGGGCGAGGGCGACUGCAAGUACGACUGGCUGGAGGUGUGGGACGGCCUUCCGCAAGCGUCUCCUCUGAUUGGCCGGUACUGCGGGACAAAGAUCCCCCCAGAGAUCCAGUCAUCCUCCGGGCUGCUGUCCCUCUCCUUCCACACAGACAUGGCCGUAGCCAAAGACGGCUUCUCCGCACGCUACAACAUCACCCACAAAGAAGUCGCCGACUCGUUCCACUGUAGCAGCGCGCUGGGCAUGGAGUCGGGCAAGAUCAGCGACGACCAAAUCACAGCUUCAACCAGCUUCUACGACAACCGCUGGUUGCCACGGCAGGCCCGCCUCAACAACGACGACAACGCCUGGACGCCUUCAGAGGACAGCAACAAGGAGUACAUAGAGGUUGACCUCCACUUCCUCAAGGUGUUGACUGGGAUAGCAACACAGGGGGCCAUAUCCAAAGAGACCCAGAAGGCUUACUACGUCACCUCCUUCAAACUGGAGGUCAGCACCAACGGAGAGGACUGGAUGGUAUACCGACACGGCAAGAACCAUAGGAUCUUCCACGCCAACACAGACCCGGCCGAGGUGGUCCUGAACCGCGUCCCGCAGCCGGUUUUGGCCCGCUUCGUCCGGAUCCGACCUCAGACUUGGAAGAAUGGAAUUGCACUAAGAUUUGAGCUCCAUGGAUGCCAGAUCACAGGCGCUCCGUGCUCGGACCUGCAGGGCUUGAUGUCCGGCCUGCUCCCUGACGCCCAGAUCUCGGUGUCGUCCAGCAGGGACAUGAUGUGGAAUCCCAGCACGGCUCGGCUUGUGGCAAGUCGCUCGGGCUGGUUCCCCGCGCCUGCGCAGCCUCUGGCUGGAGAGGAGUGGCUCCAGGUGGACCUCGGUGUUCCCAAGACCGUCCGUGGCGUCAUUACCCAGGGAGCGCGGGGAGGAGACCCGGGAAGUGGACCUGCCACAGACAACCGUGCAUUUGUCAGGAAGUACAAAGUCGCACACAGCCUGAACGGAAAAGACUGGAACUUCAUCAUGGAUGUAAAGACCAGCCAGCCGAAGUUAUUUGAGGGGAACACGCAGUACGACACUCCGGAGCUGCGUCAUUUUGAGGAGACGGUGGCGCAGUACAUCAGGCUGUAUCCAGAGAGGUGGUCCCCGGGAGGGAUCGGGAUGAGAGUGGAGAUCCUUGGAUGCGACCUUCCAGAAAUCAGCACUCCAACUACGACCACAACUACGACCACGACUCCUACCCCGGAAACCACCACAGUCCUCAACACGACUACAGCAGCCACGCCUCCUUCCUCUCUUGGCAUGUGUGACUUUGACCACGACCUGUGCGGAUGGACACAGGACCCCGGCGCCUCACUGCUCUGGUCGAGGCGCAAACAAUCAUUGAACAAUUACCUGUACCUGGACGUGAGCCUGAAGAACCUGGAGCAGCGCGCUCGCCUCGUGAGCCCCGUGGUGCCGGCCAACGCCGGACCCCUCUGCCUCCUGUUCUCCUACCAGAUGUGGGGGGAUUCCCAGGGCAACCUGAAUGUGUUUCUGCGGGACGACCUUAAUGACGAGGUCCUCCUGUGGUCGCUCCGCGACAACCACACCAUGGUCUGGAAAGAAGGCCGGACCAUCGUGCCGCGCUCCCCGAAAGAAUUCCAGGUUGUGAUCGAGGGUUUCUUUCAUCACAGUACCAGAGGACACAUCUGGAUAGACAAUCUCCACAUGAGUGCGAGCUCCCCUCUGAAAGAGUGCACAGAACCCUUCUCGGCGUUUUCUCCAGAAAACCCAGGUACCAGACACAUUGGAGAUGGGAGACUUUCCAUGGGCAGAGACCCUCUUGGCAGUGGUUUGCAUAUCCCAGAGUGGAACGUGCCCACGUCCCCAUCUUCUGAUCCUCCAGUGACGCACACCUCGGAAAAAGACAACUCGUGGUUAUACACACUGGACCCCAUCCUGGUCACAAUCAUCGUCAUGAGCUCCCUGGGCGUCUUGCUCGGGGCAGUGUGCGCCGGCCUCCUCCUGUACUGCACGUGCUCCUACAGUGGACUCUCGUCACGAUCCUCCACCACUCUGGAGAACUACAACUUCGAAUUGUACGAUGGCCUCAAGCACAAAGUCAAACUCAACCAGCAGCGCUGCUGCACUGAAGCAUGAGAGAAGCGAUGAGGAAAAGAUACAGGCAUUUUGUGAAAGUCUCUCUCUAUUUUCUUCAUCUUUGCCAACUUUAGUGUUCCUCGGUGGUGCAGGUCUCAGUGAGAACUUGUUUGGAAAACGCAGCACCGUCCAGUAUUGGCAGUUGUUUCUGCAAAUUCAUCAACGACUGAGCGACCAGGGUUACCGCCAUGGACUGCUUCCAUUGCAGGGACGAUAGGCCUCAAACACUAAAUAUCAACACAUAUCAAUUGCUGAAUCCUGGGUCACGUAAAGAGAACUGCUUCUAAAUGCGUCAUAGAUAUGUCUAGUUUUGCAACUGGAUACUGUAAACUACACGGACAGAUUUGGAUACAAUGUGUUGGAAAGGUGGUAGGAUAGGAAUAAGAUUAGAAAAGAGUAUUUUUUGAUCACCUGUGAACACAGUGGCCUAGAACUUAGCUCCUUUGUAAGGCCCCUUGACUCUUUAGUUCCUGCUACGCAUCAGCCUCAGUUGGCCCUUUAGUUUCUUUCCCUCUGUGGUAUUUUUAGUUGAGUUUCUACUCAAUCACUUUGUUUUCUUUUGGGCCAGUUGCCAGUCCUGUGGUUAAAGAUAAGUUGGGGAAAAAGAGGUGAAGAAAGUAUAUAUAGAUAUAUAUGUAUGUGUGUGUGUGCGUGUGUAUGGGUGUAUGUAGAGGUAGGGAGGGAAGCAUUCUUUUACUGACGGAAAGGUGUUGUUGUUAGAUUUAGUUACUGAUUCCUGUCAAAGAGAAGGUCGUGUUUACAUUGGCGGCAAAUCAGAAAAGGUCAAGGAGAUUUGGACGGUGCAACCUAUGGAUUGCUGGUUGGGGCAGAGACCGAAGAACCCUGAAGGAAGCGAAUCAAACGAAAGAACGAACAAGACUGUGACUGACAGAGCACUCGAAUUCCCCCGUGCUUCUCCCUCCCAGGAGCUAUUGCUCGCUCUGUGCUUUCAAAAAACAAAAAGAACAAAUGGGAUCAGAAACAAACCAGAGACAUAUCCGAUCAACAGAGCGACUGUGUGCCCAGAUGCACAACAAGCCUUAAAAGCAAAGCGUUGUGUGUGGAAAUGCUGGGGGGGAAGAAAAAAGGAUUGUCGAGGCAACAUCGAGACAUUUUUACACGUGGACCUCAAAAGCCAUGAUUUAAAGGACCUAUUCCAUCUUUCCUCCAACACACACAAGCAUCCACCUCAACUUAUUGGCUAAUGGUGGCCUACUUUGGGAAUCUUUUCUCCUUUUUUUAUCACUGCAUACCAAGGCAAGCUUUUUUUGUCAUUGUUUUUUUUUUUUUUUAAUGUAUUUGUUUUAUGACAUGGUUUUGAACCAGUCAGAGACUUGUAAGCCAUGAGUAAGAAAGAGGACGAACAAGAACGAUCUCAGCAUUCAUUCCUGAGCACAUUAAUACACAGACACCUCACUUGUGCAGCUGAAUGCAGAUAUUUAUGUACACUGCAUAACCUUUUUCUCCAUCGCUCGACGAUAAAUCCGACUAAACAGUCACUGUCAUAAGACAGUUACCAAAAAUUAUUUCCAGUGGCUAAAUGCCAGAAUAAUGAGAAAGAAAAUAAUUUUUAAACUGUGUGAAUUGGUUCACACAGUUCCUUCCACAAGGUUUCCACAAUAGUUUGCUGAUAUUUUGGCCUAUAGCUCAAGACAGAACUGGUGAAACUGUCAGGUAUGUAGGACGUCUUGAUUCCAAACAGCUUUUCAGCUCUGCCCACAAUUUUCUAUGGGACUACGACACUCCAAAACAUUUAGUUUGUUGUCCUUAAGCCACUUUGUAACUAACUUGAUGCUAUGCUUAGCUUCAAGGCCAAUCUAUAAAAAUGUCCAAGUAAUUUUCUUUAAUCAUACUACAAUCUAUUUUGUGAAGUGCACCAGUUCCUUCACUUUUGGAUUUAAUAACCAAAGUUAGUCAGAAAGGUUGUGCACAUUUUUACAACGUGUGUAAAUAUCUGGUUUCAACUGAAUGUACUGUUGUAUAUACAGAACAUUGAGUACACAAUCAACCCGUAAUGUUUGGACACACACAUGCCUGUUUUUAAACACCCACUCCAGCUUAGAAAUGAAAUUCAAUGGAUUCACUGUAGAAGCGCACCCAUCUCAUUCACCCUCACUCUCGCCAUCUUUCGUCCUCGGAGGCCCACAUUGACGGACCCCACUGACUCUCUUCAAAGUGCCUUGGAGCCUCGGGGAUCCAGCUUGCCUUUGGAGCCGGUAUAAAAUAUACUCAUUUGAAACUGACAGUGACAGUCACAGCGCCCUCUUCUGACUGGGAGGGCUAAGAGAAAAAAA